GCGGUCUCUGCAUGGAAGGUGAGGUGAAGGCCUCGCUCGUUCUCCAGUUCGCCAGGGUCCCUGCCAAUGACAAUACACACACGACAUACAACCUUGCCAGCAAAAACACCGCUCUUGGUAAGUACCGGUAAAGGCCGUACCUGCUACAAAACCUGUUCUCCGCAACCAGCUCAUACCCACCGGUCUUUUCUGACCUCCUCUCGCACAUCAUCAUCGAGUUGCCCACUCCUUUGUUUCUUCAAUUCUCCUGCCUCCGGUGCCUUCGUUCUUUACAAGAAUUGCAUUCUCGCCGCCGGUGUCCUCUUGUCCUUCUUUGGAUGCUUUAGCUCUUGUUUUUGGCCCUUUCAUCCCACCCCGCACCCUGCAGUGCAGUACACAGUCCCUUGCCUCGCGGUAUACCUACCUAGCCCAGCUUGGCUGCUUGGUUUCCCUUGUUGGCACACAAUCGCUCGCAAACGAUCUGCGAUCUCGACCUCACCUUCUUCCCGUCAAUCAAUCCGACCAUAAUUUUGGCCGACCUAAAGUGUAGCCCCCUAACGACAAAACAUCGAAUUGGACUUUAACAUCCUUCGCUCCCGCCUUCCUAUAGCUCACUGCAUUGCACAGCAUCACUAUCCCGGUACAUGCGCCUGCGCAUUGUC